AUGUCUUCUUCAUCAACAACUUCAGAACGCACAGCUGAUCUCCACGAGGCCCUCGCCGAGAUUCGUGCGCGUGUACAACGGGCUACGCCGGUGUCGUCAUCGUCAGCGCCGACUCUCGUUGCCGUGUCCAAGUACAAGCCCGCGUCAGACGUGCAGGCGUGCUACGACGUCGGCCAGCGUGACUUUGGCGAAAACUAUGUGCAGGAGCUCGUGGAGAAGGCACAGCAGCUGCCCUCGGACAUCCGAUGGCACUUCAUCGGCACGCUGCAGUCCAACAAGGCCAAGACCCUCGCAUCCAUCCCCAACAUCCACACCAUCCAGACGGUGACAUCCACGAAGGCCGCGACCGCGCUCGACCGCGCGCUUCCAGCCGAGCGCACGACGCCGCUCAACAUCCUUUUGCAGGUGAACACCUCAGGCGAGGACGCAAAGUCCGGGCUCGCGCCCCUCGCGCCCGCGCCGGAGCCGCAGCAGCAUCAAGGCUCUGAGCUCGUUACCCUCGCCAAACACAUCAUCACGACAUGCCCGCGCCUCCGUCUCCGCGGGCUCAUGACCAUCGGCUCCCUCGCAGAGUCGCGUCAGUUAGACGCGGAGAAUCGUGACUUCGCGACGCUGUGUGCGACGCGCGACGCGUUGGAGACGGUCCUCGGCGCCGAAGCGGGGGUGUCUGAGGAAGCGGGCGGCGCGUGGGGCGAAGGUGGGAAGCUUCUGCUCAGCAUGGGCAUGUCGGGUGACUUCGAGGCCGCGCUGCGUGCGGGGAGUGACGUUGUGAGAGUCGGGACAGGGAUCUUCGGUGAGAGGCGCAAGAAGGCUUAGGUGUGGAGGAGUCGGCCAAGGUACGUCUUGUCUUCCUCUUUGCAUGUACGCACGCUGCGAGUUCAUUUCUCUUUCUCUGCUCUGUCCUUCAGUGGGUGGAGAGCGCAUGUAUGUAUGUCCUGUUGAAGAAUCUGCACGUUAUAUUCGCAUGUCGAAGCAAAGAAAUUGUAUUUUUCUUGAUAAUU